AUGGUCUGGUCUCCUCCUGUACCGCCAUCGUCGGCUCAGGACAAGUCGAGCUUCGCAUACGAAUCCACUGUCCACCGCUGGCCUGCCAUUCUAACCCAAGUAAUCGAUGGUAUUUACAGUGCCAACCAUGCGCUCUCAUACUCGCGGACCAAUCAGUCGGCAAAAAUCGAAGAGGGAAAAAAGAUCAUCGAAAAGGUGGCUGCGCUCAAGCAUGAUAUGAGCCGUGAUCGUCCACUCGAGCCCAUUCGUGUCAUUGGAGGUGAGGAUGCCGAUCAUGGCCCCUCGACUGAGCUUUUCGACACGACCAUCGAUAAGGAAAAGUGGACCUGGUUUACAGCACCUUGGCUGUUCUGUGAGUGCUACCUCUAUCGUCUUCUGAGGAGCUUCUUUGCGCGUAGCGAGCAUUGGAAGCAGUACGAUCCCUUCUCCAAGACCAAGCUCGACACGUUCAAAAGCUCUGGCACUGCCAUCAGUGCGCUCGCUGUGACCAUCGAGGAGCUAGUGGCCAAGUCGCUCUCAUCGGACAAAGGCCCCGAAUCGACUCCUGAAGGACGUGAGAUCCUCUUCCACGAGAUGGCGCAAAUGUCGCUGUGGGGCAAUGCCACUGAUCUCAGUCUGCUCACCAACCUCUCGUACGCCGAUCUGCAAGCUCUUCAGACCACAGGCCGGGAGCAGCAGCAAGCGCGCAGCAAGUUCAUCCUCGCCAACGACCUCGACCAGGCUUGGAAGAAGAUUUCGUCACUUACAGGUGGACGAGUCGACAUUGUGCUCGACAAUGCUGGCUUUGAGCUGGUGACGGACAUGAUCUUUGCCGACUGGUUGCUUACGACGCCUCACGUUGAGCAAGUGGUGUUUCACCCCAAAAACAUGCCCUGGUUCGUGUCGGAUGUCACGCCGUCCGACUUCCGACACACGGUCGAGUCGCUGCUUGAGCCGAGCUUCUUCGCACGACAGGAGGAUGCCGGUCAGGACCGACACCGCAGCGUGAGUCGAAGCCGUGAUUUGCAGGCUGACCCGAGCAAAUACUCGUACAGCGCCUCCGGUGGUGGGCAGGGCGCACAGCCUGCUGGCUCUCGUUCUCUGCAGAUGGCGGACAGCUCGGAGCGUGGUCGCUCUCCUCACCCUCCAGGAAGUCUGCACCUUCAGGCUCGGGACGGCAGCGUCGAUUCGACGGGACGUGGGCGUGCUCCUGCUGGUAGCCGCAGCUUCCAGAUGGACCCAGCUUACUUCAAGAACGCGCGCUCGCAGACCAUCUCUCCUUCGAGAUCGUACGUCAUGGACAGCUCUCGUUUCUCGUCGCUUUCGAUCCACGAUGAAGGUGACGAGCGACAUGGCCGAGGUCGAUCGACCACAGUCAAGGACGAAACACCGUCUUCGCAGACUCCAGUCCAGGCAAUGGUCAGGAGGUGGAUGAAGUACAUGGAAGAUGGCCGUUUCAAGCUUUCUGUUCCCCUCGACACUCCUCUCGGAGCCGAUACCGGUGCAGCCAACGGUUUCUGGACGCAGCCCGUCUCAUACGCCAACAUGGCUUAUUACGCUCCUGAGCUGCACCAGGAGUUGGCGACCAAGAGUGACCUUGUUAUCUUCAAGGGCGAUCUCAACUACCGCAAGCUUACUUCCGACGCCACAUGGAAGUCGGAUACGAGUUUCCGCGAGGCUUUGGGACCGCUCGCCGGCACGAUUGAGAUUCUGGCCCUUCGAACCAAUAAGGCGGACGUAUGUGUUGGACUCAAGCCUGGACAAGAAGCCGAGGUGGUUGCCGCAGACCCAAAAUGGAGAGUAUCAGGAAAGUAUGCUGUGGUCCAGCAUUGCCCACAAGACAAGUGA